AUGUUAAAAGACAUAAAACUAAGUAAUAGGAUUAUGCAAAUUAAAACAUUAGAUGCACGCUAUCACAAUAAAAUAUAUUAUAUUAACUUUGAAAAUUUUAUUUUAAUUUAUAAUAUUAUUAAAACAAUAUGUAUAAAUAUUUCGAUUAGUUUUUUUGUUUACUUGUAUGUUAAUUUAUUUGAUGAAAAGAAGAGCCAUUAUGAAGAAUAUAUACAGAUAUCCAAUAACGAUAUUUUAAAAGAAAAUUGUAUAAAAGUACAACUACAGAGUAUUGGAAUAGAUGUUUUUUUUGAAACAUGUCCAAAAAUUAUUAAUUGUUUAUAUGAUCCAGAAGAGACUGAUGAAAGAAUUAAAGAUGAAGCUUGUAUAUCAUUGUUUUAUUGGACAUAUGAUAAAUAUUAUAAAGAUAAAACAGAAUAUGAUAAUAUAAAAAAGCACUAUCAUGGAUUUCUGCAUGCAUAUAAUAAUUACACCGUGUCUAUAUGCGAUUAUUUUAAAGAAAAUCUUACAGAAAUUGUAUUAAAAAAACUCAAAGAUAUAUAUGAUAUGAAUACUGAACUAAAUAAAAUAAAAACUAAUAAUGCACCUAACAUUAGCGAUAAAAUUGCGUGUGCAAAAAAAUGCGGAAAUAUCCAUAAAAAAUAUGAAAAUAUGUGCAAAUCCAAUGAUGAUAAAAUUUUUUGUACUGAAUUAAAUAAACUUACAACAGAAUAUAAUACAAAAACGAAAAAUAUAUUUUGUGAAAAUAAUGCACCAGGUUAUUUGCCUUUAGUCCAGAUUUAUAAUAAAAAAGCUCACAAUUAUGUUCCAAUUGUUGUAGCAUUAUUGAUAACCCUUUUUAUAUUUAUGCUGUAUAAGUUCGAAGCCUAUAUUUUGUAUAAAAGUCACAUUUAUUAUUGUGAUCAAAUAAUAGAGGAUGUUUUUAUUAUUAAUAUCUUGUAA